AUGAAGACUAUGGAGACAGCCAAUGAAACAACCAUAGCUACGUUUCUCCUUCUUGGAUUUGGGGAUGCCCCUGAACUUCAGAUUCCUCUCUUCUUGGUUUUCCUGAUAAUCUAUAGUGUGACCAUGACUGGAAACAUCAUCAUCAUUGUUUUAGUAAUACUGGAUCAUCACCUUCACAUUCCCAUGUACUUCUUCCUUGGAAACUUGUCUUGUUUGGAGACCUUCUAUACUUCAGCCAUUUUGCCCAGGAUGUUGGCCAGCUUUCUGACAGGGGACAGAACUAUUUCUCUUGGGGGCUGCUUCAUCCAACUUUAUUGCUUUACUGCACUGGCGAUUGCUGAAUGUUACCUGCUGGCAUCAAUGUCAUAUGAUCGGUAUUUGGCAAUAUGCAAGCCCCUCCAAUAUGCAACCCUCAUGAGCGGAAGGCUCUGCUUUGUGAUGUCAGCUGUAUCUUGGCUUUGGGGGAUAACAGUUAUGACUUUAUUAGUGAGUUUGAUGUCACAGCUGGAAUACCGUGGUCCCCAUGAAAUUGAUCAGUUCUUUUGUGACCACACAACAAUGCUUAAUGUAUCAUGCAGUGACACAACUCUGGUGACACUAGUGGGACUCACGGUCUGUUUCAUAGAUGGGGUUCCUCCUUGCCUUCUGACCUUACUGUCUUAUGUGCGUAUAAUUGGUGCCAUUGUACGAAUUCCAUCUUCUGAUGGAAGAAAAAAGGCCUUUGCCACCUGUUCUUCCCACAUUACUGUAGUCUCCAUAUUUUACGGCUCGCUGAUAUUUGUAUAUUUGCUACCAAAAAAAGAAGCUCUGAAAGAAGUAGACAAGAUCUUUUCAGUUUUCUAUACAGUCUUAACCCCGCUAAUUAAUCCCCUUAUCUAUAGUCUAAGAAACAAAGAGGUUAAAAAUGCUUUAAGAAGACUUGUAAACAAAUGUGGGAUUUCUAAGAAAUUUGUUAGAGAUAGACAAGGCCUCCGCAGCAAGCACCAUGAGCCCACCAUGGCCACCAUCCAUAAAGAUAGUUCAAGGCCCUUUGAUCAGGUCACCAAUCUUCAUGAAAUGCUGCACUUGUAG